AAAUUCGCGGAAAAUUUGCUUGGUAACACUGCACUAUCGGUACCUGCGCAAGAUGGUUGCGUGUUCCGGUGCUUGAACCGGAGUUGGUGUGAGUGAAUGUAUUGUAAUGAGACAAUGAAGAUUCGUUAUCAGAGAGGAAGAGGCUGUUAUUGGAGAAGUGCGGGUUUUGUAUUCAAUAUUUAAGGAUGUUUUUCAAAGUGAUUUUGUUUGUUUUAUUUAUAAGCCAUGUUUGUUAUAGUGGCAAGGAAGAAGAAGAAGGCGUAAAAUAUGCAAAUAAAUGCGAAGUUUGUAAAAUCUUAGCAACAGAAUUGGAAUCAAGAUUAGAUGAAACGGGGAAAACGCAUGAAGUUUUGGAACUUGGCUAUUCAGUAGAUGAUGUUAAACCGAAGCGGAAGACCAAGUAUCAGAAAUCUGAGUUACGUCUUGUCGAAUCUUUAGAUGGCCUUUGUGAGAGAGUAUUACAGUACAACAUUCAUAAAGAACGUGAAGAUAGUACAAGAUUUGAUAAAGGCAUGAGCCAGACGUUUAGAACACUUCAUGGAUUAGUGGAUAAAGGUGUGAAGGUAGACUUGGGGAUUCCAUAUGAAUUAUGGGACAGACCCUCAGCUGAAAUAACGAACAUGAAGACUCAGUGUGAGUCACUGCUAGAAGAAAAUGAAAUGGCCAUAGAAGACUGGUAUUUCACUCACCAGGGAAAAAUUUCACUUAAACAGUUCCUGUGUUCAGAUAAAGCUCUGAAGGGAGAAAGUGAUAAAUGUCUUGAUGAGAGAUUCCCAUCAAUGUUACCGGAGGAAAUAAAACCAAAGGCUCAGAAAAAGAAGAAGAAGAAGGGGAAGAGUGAAGAGAAGCAGCCCAAGGAUGAUAUCGACGAAUCAGAUUUAGAACCUAUGUUUGUGAAUGUAAAAGAAGAACUGUAAUGUCGCAGUCACGAUGAACAAUGAAUAUUCAGUGUUUAAAAUGUUGCUUUCUGACUAGUCAAUGACAAGAUGUCAUGCAGGUGAUACAAGAUAUGGCUCAGCAGUGCACACAAAUAUUCUCUAACAAGAAAACAUUCCAAGAAUCAAAUUGCAGGGAACUGUAGAGCUUUAUUUAAGAUUUGAUGCAGAAAACCUUACACUGUGAGUUUUCAAAAAUUUAAAUGUGUAUUUAUCUGAACAUAUUUUAUAGGAAGAAACUAUGUUUCCAGAAAUAUGACAGGUAAAAUGUAAAUUACCAAUUAUGUAAAGAAAUUGGAAGAUUAAAUACUGCAUGGUGACAGUAUCUCCCAAUUUACUGAGGCUUGCCACGGAAACAAGAUGUUCAUCUGUACUUCAUGUACAAGAUAUUUAAGAAUUAACAUCUCCACCAUUUCUGGACCACUUCAAGUGUUUAGGAAAAGACUUUGGAAAGUAAAUAUAGUUUGUUGAGUA